ACUUCCAGGGUGCAAUGAAUCUGUAGGAGACGCUUUAUGGAGGUCCAGGGUAUCGAAAGGAAACAAGCCGACAAGUUCCCGUACUCUGGAAUCAGAGUGCUUGGAGCUGUCCAAACCGGAAUCGGCGUAUCAUGUGCGUUGCUUGGUGGCCUUGACCUGGCCUUGACGUUGACAUCGCGUGACGCUGAGCGUCAAACGGCCAGUGCUGUUGCAGCUUCGUUGACGGUGUAUGAGACGCUGGUAGCGUUAACGAUAGCUGCAUGUCCUCUGUGGUGCGGAAUGUGGUUCAUCAUCGCUGGGGCAAUAGGCACCUGUGUGUCACGUGUCAGGGCUCACAGUCUGCUGUUUUUUCGGAAUACAUUCCUGACGCUCAGUGUUCUGUGUGCAGCCUUGUUCGGCCCAGCCUGCCUUGCAGUCACGUGCAUAGAGGCUGUUCUGGUGAGUUCAGACAUAUGA